AGAUAAAGACAGAGGAUAGAGGGAUAAAGGCUGAUAAGGCUGCAGCAGACAGCCGGUCACAGUGGAGAGAAAGAGAGGAAGUGAGUGAGUGGAGCUGUAUCCUCACUGAGGUCCGAGUGUGUGAUUCUGCUGCAGCUUCUCUCUCUGUCACUGACUGACUGACCCAACACAGAUGAUGUCAUCAGAGCACCUGACCUGCGGUUGGCUGCAGCAACUACUCAUUGUACUCCUUAAUCUUUGCCUCACAUUUGCUGGGCCUUUGCGACCACUCAAUGGGACGGAGUGCACAGCCAAGGGUCCCGCUUCCUACAUCCUGGUCUUUACAGGUCACUGGAGCCCACAGGCCUUCCCCAAGCAGUAUCCACUGUUCCGGCCCCCUGCACAGUGGUCCAAACUCAUAGCGGUCAGCCAUAAUCGCCAUUUUCGGCUGUGGGAGGAGGGUGCUCCAGCCAGCGCAGGGGUGCAGAACUUUGCUGAAGUCGGGGUGACGGUGGAACUGAUGCAGGCGGCCAAGGAGGCCAGGAAGAGACGUGCGGUCGGAGGCAUGCACAGAACAGCCGGCAUCCCUAACGGCAUCGGGCACAGCUCCACGGAGUUGCUCAUGCAGUCCCGGAACUCACUGUUGUCCCUGAUGGUGAAGAUGAUCCCCAGCCCUGACUGGUUCGUUGGCGUGGACAGCCUAAACCUCUGCGAGGGCAGUCAGUGGAAACAGGAAGUGACCAUUGACCUCCAGCCUUAUGAUGCCGGCACAGACAGUGGAUUCACUUUCUCAUCUCCCAACUUCCCUACCAGCCCCCUCGAAAACAUAACAAAGAUCACAUCUCAGAUGCCAAACCAUCCGGCCAACUCCUUCUACUAUCCACGUUUAAAGGAACUUCCACCCAUUGCCAGCAUAAGGAUUACUCAACAGAGCAGAUCAUCUGACCGCCAAACACCAAUGUCCAAUCACAUUCUGCCAAACUCUAUCAGUCCACAGCGGAUCUCAGCAACACCUCUAGACUGUGAAGUGUCUCUCUGGUCAUCCUGGGGUUUGUGUCUUGGUCCGUGCUCCAGAGGUGGUGUCCGCCACCGCACACGUUACAUCCUCUUGCGGCCUGCCAAUGCUGGCGUCCCUUGCCCUGAGCUGGAGGAACAGGCUGAGUGUGUACCACACAGCUGUAUGAAACGCCAGUAACACGCAGGGCACACGAGCACAGAUACUGCCAGUAUUCAACACUGGGACUCUCAUGUUAUUACUGCUGGACCGAGAAAUGUCAUUGGAUCUUGAGCAUCUCCUUGGUAAUGCAAAGGAUUUUAGUGUUUGUCACAGUCUUUUGGAAACUAAAGACUUGCUGCCUUACCCAUGCAGCCCCUUAGUAUCAAAUUGUGCACUCUUUUGGGUGUAUUUUAAUGGCAAUGAAGGGAAAUUAAAGUCUGAGUGUAGCAGAGCGUUGGACAGUGAAUUAAUGUUUAUAAUAACACUUUGAUUGUGCUCAGCUAAAAGUGAUUUUUAUACAUUUUCAUAGAUGCAGAACAGAAUUACUGAAAGGAAGAUUCACAGCAAAUGCACCCCCUCAAAGACCAGCUUGAGACUUAUUUUGGUUUGUUCAUCAUGAACAACACAUGCAUUUGAUCUAAGCGUUGAUAGUGGCACACUAGAGUCACAAAUCUUCCACACACGUAUGCACAAAGGUCCUUGCACAUACUGCAUACUUUUACAGGCACGGAGGCAUUAGUUUACGUAGGUAACCUAUACAUGCUUGGCACAUGCAGCUCUUUUAAAAUAACCUCACACCCCAAUUUAUAAAUAUCACCUUCCACAAGAAACGCCCAACGGCUGACUUGAGGCUUUGAGCUAGUCUAAAGGAGC